AUGAAGUCGUCGCUGAUAUCCGCCGCCACCUUCGCCCUGAUCUGGGUUUCACUUGUCGAAGCCGAACCAUCGAACCCUGAAGCCAAUGGCCGACGAGUGAUCCGUGCGUCAGUAGAAAUUACAGAAACGCCGUACAUUACUCAAAUUCGAAAAGCUGAUGGCAGUUUAAUCUGCACUGGAGCCAUUCUCAACUUUCUCUACAUCCUAACGACGGCCAGCUGCGUAAACGGAUACGAAGCGCAGGAUCUAACCGUCGUUGUUGGCUCGGCUAGUUUUCAUGGCGAGACUUCUUAUUCUCUCAGAAAUAUUCUCAGUCACGAAGAUUUCGUUCCGAUUGACGGGCAUCGUCUCAACGACAUCGCAAUGCUCAAGUUGGCCAGUUAUCUCAGGUACAACUCAGCCGUUCGUCCAAUUCCAAUCCCUGAUAUACACGAGACCGAAAUUGGCCAGGAAGGCUCGACUGCCGUGGCGUCUGGAUGGAGUGCUUCCAGCAUGCUGAAAAAAAUCAGGCAAGUCAUAAACGGCGUCAACGAAUGUCGACGAUCUUACGCAUCUCUUGGGGUAUCGGUGAACGACGAUUACAUUUGCGCAACAACCGACGUCUCCGAAAAUGACGAGCAUGGCAACGACGGUUCUUCUUUGGUCCAGGAUUCAAAAUUAAUCGGUCUCAAGUCUUGGUGGACUUCUGGAUUCCCUGACGUUUACACUCGAGUGGCUCAUUACCGUGAAUGGAUCGAGGAAAACAAUCUCGCAUAAGAUCCAAAAUGUAAUUACAAGUUUAAU